AUGGCCGCGAACCCAACUUCUAAACUAUGUCGACGAUUAUUUCAGGAUUCCAAGCCCAGGACAUUGAUUCAACAAAAUCUUGACCAGCUUAUUAAAGGUGAACAAGAACGAUUUCGUGCUAAGUGGAAUUUUGAUGUCAACAAAGUGUCAUCUUCUAAUUCUUGGAAAAUUGUGACAGACACAAAGGCUUCAUUUUACACUCGUCCUCCUCGCAAAUUGAAGGCUAAAAGACGUUUAACUCCCUCAAUGCUUGAAAGCCUUCGUUCGAAUAUGCAGACUUCUCAAACGUGUCUCACCAGUUCCCGUGUUUUCGGAAAAAUAGCUUUCAAUUUUUCCUCUCCCCACGUAGAAAAAAUGGAUAAUAUUGAAACUACACUGCAACCUGGACCAACUCAGCAACCUAUUUCCCUAAUAUCUUCCCCAGUGAAAUCUUUUGCCUCUACGUCAACAAGUCUUCUCUUAGCCGAUCCAGUAUUCAAAAUUCCUGCAGUACCUAAGAUUUUAAAAAGAAAGUCGAACCCCAGAAUGACUGAUUUCUUUGUUGUGCAGAAGCGUCCCAGAGAAACAAGCAGUAAAUAG